UUGUGCGUUUUUAUAUUUUCUGUUAGUCUUAUUGCGCCUUACUUUUUUUAAAUUUUAUUUGUCGCCAGCCCUGAUUCCACGUUCACUUUUUUACUUUGCGAUACUAAUUUUCAUACAUUUUAGUGCAAUAAUUUAAUUUCAGCAUUGAUGCGUGGUGAUACAAUCAACUCAAUUCCCCUUUGCAAGGAAUUCCAAAAUGGGCAUUGCGCGCGAGGCCCCCAAUGCCGUUACUGGCAUAUAAACAAAGACGAAGAGCGGCGCAAACGCUUUCAUGGACGACAUGUUGGCGCGGCUUCUCCAUUCGGCGCUUAUACUGGGCAUGCAGCAGGCGUUCGACGCCGUGCUGAUGAUUAUGGUUCAUCAUAUGAUGAUUACAUGCCUCCAGAGAAGAGAAUUGCACCUUUUGUUCAGCCUCUACCAGUUCCUAUGAUUCCGGGAGGUCCAACUCGUCUGAUGGUUGAUUUAGAACGUCGAAAUGCUGAACUGAUUGCUGAGGUUGAUAGUUUGAAACGUGAAUUACAACGUGAGAAGGAACGCUAUGAUGAUUUGAUGUCUCUUUUCCGUGCUACGCAAGCUAAUCAAACUGCUUCGAUUCAAACACGUCCUUCUGGAGCUUCUCAACCAGGCAUUCCAAGUAUGGGAGGACAACAGCAACAGCCUGGUGCAAUGCAACAAUGGGGAACAGGAGGUGGAGGAAAGGCUACACCAAAUUAUAUGGGACCAUUUGAUUGGACUGCUAAUUGA